CGCGAGGCCUCGUGAUGAAGAAAGGCCCAAAGUUUGCUGUGUCUUUCUUCCAUCUGCCCUCACGGCCCUGAGUCGCGCCUCUGUGUUGCGCCGUGCCUGUCGCAAGUCCUUGUCUCUUGCUUCCCCGUAUCUUUUUUUCCUACACGCUUCGUCCGUUCUGCUGAAGGUUCUCGCCAGCGAAUCCCGUCGGCUGCGCUGCGUUGUUGCUGGCCAACUCGCCCAAGCUCGCCAGCUUACCCCAGAAUCCAGCCUGGCACGCAGCUCUGCGCAGUGCAUCCGAAUCAGCCGGAAGCCUACGGCAGGCUGACCUCACGAGUGCGCGCACCUGAUUCUGACAUAUUUUUUGCUCGUUGCUCUCGGCGCGAGUGGCGGAAGGGAGAAAAGACAAGCUCGCGUGCUCGUCCUGCCCACCACGUCUGACAGUUCAAAGUCACACAAUGCGGCACGAGGAUGAGGCGUUCAUGCGAAGGCUCAGCCUUGGUCUUACCACCUUUGCUUUGGUCCUCUCACUUCUCACUACCUAUAUCCUUCAGUAUAUGCCCAAUGAUCCUCUGCAUCUUCGAAGGAACUUCACCAUCUACUCGGUGUUUGUGCUGUUUGUCAGCGCUGCAGGUUUCGUGGGCGCCUGGACGCGCAAUCCGACCCUGCUUUCGCUCUUCGCCUCCCACCUUCUGCUCGAUUCAAUCUUGUACCUGAUUCCAAGAGUCAUUCUCCUCAACUUUUCAAUUUCGCUCCCUACACUCCUCUGCUCUCCCUCGUAUCCCUCCACACGCAAUGACGAAGUAUACCGUGUACACCAGACUCAACGUGUUGCCCAACGCUUUUUGUCCAGCAGGCGGUGUCGCAGCGUGUCAUGGGCGGUAGAAUGCUGUGUCGUGUCGGGCGCUCUGCUGGCCAUGAUUUUGCAAUUCUGGCUGGGCCUGAAGCUACGGCGGUACGCGCAGUACUUGGAUAGGCGGGCUCUGCAGGCUAAGAUGGAUCGCGAGGCGCGCGAGAAGGCGAUGCGGUAACCUGAAGUAUGCUAGAUACCACGUGUCUGCCGCUUACCAAAGAAGAAUAGGGAGUUGCACAUGUUGACCGUGCGGAAUAAGAAAAGAGCUUGUCCUGAGAGGUCAGAAAAUAAAGCCAUAUGUGUGCUGCAGAAGACAUAUGAACUUUAGGACGGAAAUUGUGAAAGAGUAGCAUUGAAUGAUGGGGAAGACAGAAAAACAGGCGAAGACAAAUAUACCCAUAUCAAUAGUGGCGUUAAAAGAAAUGAUACCCUCGGCGCUGUCACGGACGUGGCUGAUAAAAUGCAAGAAUUGAAACAUGACGAAUUCACGAAGUCCGUCUCUUUUUAA